AUGGCCGGGGCGGUGAAAGUGCUGACGACCCUGAGGAAUCACUGGAAGAAAACCACGUUCGGGGUCUGCCUGCUGAGCUGGGGCGGGAACUGGCUCUAUGGGAUGCACUGCGAUAACCUGCUACGGAGAGCUGCGUGCCAAGAAGCUGAGGCUUUUGGCAACCAGCUGAUCCCUUCCAGUAUGCCACUGAAGAAAGCAACAGUGUUCCUUAACCCAGCAGCUUGCAAAGGCAAAGCCAGGAACCUUUUUGAAAAGAAUGCUGCUCCAAUUUUGCACUUAUCUGGCUUGGAUGUAACUGUGGUUAAGACUGAUUAUGAGGGACAAGCAAAAAAGCUGCUGGAAUUGAUGGAAAACACAGAUCUGAUCAUUAUUGCAGGAGGAGAUGGCACAGUACAAGAGGUCAUAACUGGACUUCUCCGCAGAGCAGAUGAGGCUGCCUUCAGUAAGAUUCCUAUAGGAUUCAUACCUCUUGGAAAGACCUGCACUCUGAGCCACACGCUCUACCCUGAGAGCACGAACCAAGUCCAACAUAUUACUAAUGCUACAUUGGCCAUUUUGAAGGGAGAGACAGUUCCACUUGAUGUCUUGCAGAUCAAGGGAGAAAAGGAACAGCCUGUGUUUGCAGUGACUGGUUUAAGAUGGGGAUCUUACAGAGAUGCAGGAGUUAAAGUUAGCAAGUACUGGUACCUUGGGCCUCUGAAAACCAAAGCAGCUCACUUUUUCAGUAUGUUUAAGGAAUGGCCUCGGAAACAUCAGGCUGCUCUCGUGUAUCUGGGUCCAACUGAGAGACCUCCAGAAGAGCCAGAGGAGAAACCAUCCAGACCUCCUUUGUAUGUGAGGCUUUACAGACGACUUCGGUUAUACUGGUCAUCUCCUCCAAAAGAAAUCCCCCAGGAGGUAACCCCGGAGGACUGGGAAGAACUGAAGCUAUCCACCAUUGAGCUUUCCAUUGCGACUCGGAACAGGCAGCUUGAUCUGACACGCACUGAAGACUUCAUGGAUAUCUGCAUUGAAGCAGAUACUGUCAGCAAAGGACAGUUUGUAAACAGAGGAAGUCAAAAGAUGCGUGAUCCACAUACGUGCCCUGAAGGGAGUCAGUGCAUCCAAGCCAGCAGAUGCAUCUUGCAACUUCCAGAGGGCACUGAGGGAUCUUUUGGCAUUGAUAAUGAGGAGUAUGAAGCUAUGCCUGUGGAGGUGAAGCUAUUACCCCGGAAACUCCGGUUCUUCUGUGAUCCCAGAAUGAGAGAGCAGAUGCUCCAUGCAGCAGUACAAUGAGAAUUCAUGUCAAAGGGGCCAGUGUUUACCAGUCUUACAGGGUCUCUUCAAGGCAUAUGAAACCUCACUACCUUGAUUAACCCCAUCAGACUAAUAAGCCAUUUGGCUAUUUUUAUGCGCAAGUACUUCCGUUGGAAGUGGCUGAUUUGGCUAGUCUCAAAGGGAUUAAAAAUGCAAAUUAAAAUUCUGAGAAAUGCA